AUGGCUGUUUCUCUGCAGUUCUUCCCCUACGGCGAUGCAUCCAAGUUUGCCCAGCACGCUUUCAGGACCUUCGACAAGAACGGUGACGGCACCAUCGACUUCAGAGAGUUCAUCUGCGCGCUGUCCAUUACAUCACGAGGCAGCUUCGAGCAGAAACUCAACUGGGCCUUCAACAUGUACGACUUGGACGGGGACGGCAAGAUCACCCGGGUGGAGAUGCUGGAGAUCAUCGAGGCGAUUUACAAGAUGGUUGGCACAGUGAUCAUGAUGAAAAUGAACGAGGACGGCCUGACACCCGAGCAGAGGGUAGACAAAAUCUUCUCCAAGAUGGAUAAGAACAACGACGACCAGAUCUCGCUGGAGGAGUUCAAAGAGGCGGCCAAGAGCGACCCGUCCAUCGUUUUACUGCUCCAGUGCGACCUGCAGAAAUAGGCCGGAGUGCGAGCGGAGAGCUCCACCAGCCGCCUCGGACUACACAGAGAGAAUUUCAUGUUCCAUUCAGUUUGCAGCUAUUUCCACUGAAAAAAAAAAUGCUUGGACUACCUUUCAAUGGAUCUGCUUCUUGUGUUUGAAACACUCGUGUGCAUGAGAAUGUUAUUUGCUAUAACAUAAAAAAAAAAGAAGAUCUACACACAUCAUACGACAGCGUGCGGCUGCGCACUCGCACCUCAGACACACUCACCCCGCAUACAGAAACACACACAGAUUCUCUCACGACGCAUCGCACAGAUAUAUAGAUAUAUAAAUAUGAAUAUAUUCAAAUUAUUUAAAGAUCAACUGCCAAAAUGUGAAGUGUGCAAAAAUAUUUUCCAUACAGCUUCAUUCUAAUGAAGCUGGCGCAUCAGUGAUGUGCGAUGUUGAAUUUGCCGCCAAUCUAUUUAUUGUUCCGAGUUUACCAAUGCUAGCUGUAUGUGUUUCAUAAUAUUGAGUAACGUCAACCAGAUCAAGAUCCUACGAAAAAUGUAUCUGACCCUAUUAAGACUCACUAUCCAUCUUGUCAAAUACUAGCUCUAGAGGAGAUGGCUUAGAGUUUGUCCAACUUUUCCUCCUGAAACAUGCUUGUACCAUCAAUGAAUACUAUAAACGUAGUUAAUUUGCAUGCCUUUAGGUUCUGCCUUAAAGAUCUGAGUUUCAUUCGAUGACUGAAGACAGAGCCUUAUCAGGACAGUGUCGUAACUCAAGGGGAAACGAUUUUCACUAACUGGGGAAAAGAAAAAAAAGAUCACCUUUCAGUAAGUUCUCUUACGGGUGGUUGAUGUGUUUUUUUUGUGUUUUUUUUUGUGGUCUGUCGAAAAUGUUUUCUUUUGACUGCUUUAACCGUGGGAGCAUGUUUCCUCGUUAUUUAGCUAUGCUAUAUGUUGCUACGAAAUAAAUCCCAGAACCCGUAUGCUUUCAAACACACUAUCUCGUUACAAAUAAGCAGAUGCUGAAUGAUGCUGUCUUUCGUAACAGAGCGAAAAGAGACAAUAUGGCACUUCUUUGUUUUUUUAAGGAAACAAGUCGUGGGAUCAAACAUUGUGAGCAAGAUUCUCUGAAGAGCAAAAACAAAAAAAACUGGAACUAAGAUUGGAGUAAAAACAAGGAAAAGGUGUUCAUACAUAGUUUCAGAGAUUUGUUUUAGGCUGCUGUCACAUUCAUAUUUUAUUCCAAUCUGUCACAGGUUGCAUAUCAUCACCAUAACUUUAAUGGAGCCCUUGCUAGAGUCUGGGAGUGUUGGAGAAAAGGCGGAUAUAGGACCUGUGCAGCACUGUAACUCUGUAAGUAAGUGUUUGAUAAAGCAAUGAGAGGAGCAGCAAAUGGUAUUUUUCAUCACACCCUCUGAAUGCUAAUGGACAGUCUUUAAAACCCUGUGUUCACUAGGCCGGACGAUUCGCUUCCCUCAAUCUUUCAAAGUACUUCUCUUUUCCCAAUCGGUCAGUCUUUUUGUACUUUUUUACUCCCCACUCUCACUCAUUGUACGCAUACCAAUGCCGACUAAACGUGGAGAAGUUCAGUGGGGUGCUGGACCUCCCGGGAGUGUCUCGGAAGCAGCUGCUUUUAAGCCUAAAUUGCUGUUUUCGGCCCUGACAUAUUCCAAACAUGCUUAAAUACUACCGGUGUCUUUAUGAGCUCUUGGGAGGAUGAAAAAGAUGCGACAUGUCUUAACAUACGGCACGGCAAUAAAUGUGUAUCACACCAGUCCGUCGUCAUCCCUCAGCAGUGUGGAUUGUCGAGUUUCUAAUCUGAAUUUAAGAACAUGUACAUCUUUGGCCAAAUCAUGUUUCUAACUACAACUCUUAUUAUCACUUUUUCUGCUAUUAAGAUACCAAAUGUAAGCAAUGGCAACCGUGUACAAGGAUUCUUUUGUAGCAUGUAUUGUGUCCCUGACGACAUGGCUGCACUACUCCCUGUGUUGUGAUUUAAUCUAAUAAAAGGAACUCUAUGGGCGA